AUGGCUCAAGAAGCGUGGUCCGACGUCUGCUUCCAGUGUGUUGAGCUUCUAGCGAGUGUUCCGCUCUCCGUGCUGCUCAUCACCUUUGCUGCGACAUUUAUUGGUUUCCUUGUGCUGGUCUACGUCACCCUCUACGCGGUCGCACCCAUCCCACGGAAGCCAUACCCCGAAGAAAAACAGUAUCGAACCCUGACUAAGGAUGGAGCAAUCACGGAACCCCAGGAAUUGCCUUGUUGGCAGGAUGCCUGGGAUGCCAAGAAGCGUCCCGGUCGAAUCCUCGACAAUCCGUCGGUGGAGGAACCCGAGCUGUUCCUUUCCCUAGUUGUGCCCGCGUACAAUGAAGAAGACCGACUCGGGGGGAUGCUGGAGGAGGCUGUAAACUAUCUAGAGCGGAUGUAUGGGACGGCAACUGAUCCCAUCCCGAAUGGCGUGGCAUCCGAUGCCGCGGAGAAGACUCUCCGACAGCGCAAGUUGGCGAAUGGGCAUACCGAUGGUAUUACGGCGUACCGCCCCGUACACGACAACAAGGGCUGGGAGAUCCUCAUCGUUUCGGAUGGGUCCAAGGACAAGACGGAAGAGACGGCGUUCACGUUUGCCCGGGAUCAUCAGCUCUCGCUGCACCCAAAGGGUUACAAGGGACCUUGGACCCCGGGAACGCAGGAAGGUGUCCACAUCCCGCCGGGGACUAUCAGGGUCGUGACCUUGACGGAAAACAGAGGCAAGGGCGGUGCUGUGACCCAUGGUAUGAGACAUGUUCGCGGGCAGUACGUGGUGUUUGCGGAUGCCGAUGGCGCCAGUAAGUUUGAGGAUCUGGGUAAGCUUGUCGCUGCCUGUCAAGGCGUUGAGGAUUCCCAGGGUCGCGGUGUGGCCGUGGGCUCCCGCGCCCAUAUGGUUGGAAGUGAGGCGGUGGUCAAGCGAUCCAAAUUGCGCAACUUCCUCAUGCAUUCGUUUCAUUUGAUUCUCUGGCUUUUGACGCCAUCCAAGACCGCCACGAUUAAGGAUACCCAGUGCGGCUUCAAGCUAUUCACUCGAGCUUCAUUGCCGUAUAUCAUCCCGUACAUGCAUUCCGAAGGAUGGAUCUUCGAUGUGGAAAUGCUUAUGUUGGCCGAGUUUUCUGGGAUUCCAGUGGCCGAAGUGCCAGUGGGCUGGCGGGAAGUUAUGGGGAGUAAAUUGAACGUGGUGCGCGAUAGUGUCGGCAUGGCCUGGGGAUUGGCCGUUUUGCGGGCCGCGUGGUUGCUCGGCAUCUACCAGCGCACCUGA